AUGAGUGCUUCGUUCUCUCGAUUCAGUCACCUCCCGACAGAGCUUCGCCUCAAAAUUUGGGACCUCGCCCUGCUACCUCCACCACAGUUGAAGCUCCUGACGAUUUCAAGACUUUGCUACACAGUAGAUCUCGCGUCUUACGACGGAUGGACGUACGUCUUCACUCCUCGAUGUGCGAUACCGACUAUCCUCCACGUCUGCCACGAGUCGAGAGAAUUAGGUCUUGAAUACUACAAUGCUGUCAUGUCGGGGGAAGAGGUGACGGAUAGAAACGCCUUGGUCACAGCUACAGACUUUGGUCAUCGACGUUCAUCAUAUCACUAUUUUCCUGCAUUGCAGUCUCGAGAAAGGAUACCAGUAUACUGGGCCUCGAAGAAAGACCUUAUCUUGCUUUAUUAUCCGUGGGAGACGCUCAAAGCGGAAAAACUUCAAGGCUUCCUCAUUACACAAUCACGAACAUGGCGUCUCGAGGGUAUCAAAUAUGUUGCUAUGGAGUGGGCAACGUGGCGUUCCUGGAGCAAUGCGAGCAUGGCCGAUGAGCUUAUUCUCCAAAAAGUCGACGUCUUAUUCAUCUUGAUGGACAUGGUCCAAAUUCCCUGGUGCGAGGGUGGCGCGUUCGAACAAUGGUUCGAGUCUUUGGGUUCUGAUGGGCCAUUGGCUCUUGAAGGCUCAACUGUGAGUAAAUGGGGAAUCAAGACCAUCGAAGUUGUCAAGGAUAUCGAUGCUGCCAUGGCAAUGAUUAACACUCGUCGAGUAUGA